AUGGGUAUUGAUGAACAAGUUGUCAUUUUUCUUCACAUUAUUGCUCAUAAUGUUAAGAAUCGGAAACUUGAACUUGUUCUUGCGGACUCCACCGAUGGAAGAUGGAAGUGGUCCAAGAAUUGUUUAGGAGCUCUAGAUGGAACAUAUAUGAAGUGUUUAGUAUCACUUGAAGACAGACCUAGAUACAGAACAAGAAAAGGUGAUAUUGCUACAAAUGUCUUAGGUGUUUGUUCACAAAAUAUGCAAUUUAUCUAUGUGUUACCUAGAUGGGAUGGUUCAGCCGUAGACAGUCGAGUUCUUCGUGAUGCACUUCUUAGGCCAUAUGGAUUGAAACAAGAAAUUCCAAUUGAUCCAUUUGAGAUUGAAUCAGAGGUUGGAAUGAAAGAUGAAGACAAUGGAACCGCAGAUGAGGACGUUAUCACUUUUGUUGGGACAUCAAACGUAUGGACUGCAUUUAAAGAUAGUUUAGCUCAAGAUAUGUUUCAAUCUUGGAGUGUUACCAAUUGA